UGCUCGUAUAUAUAGUGGUUGGAUCCUUGAACACAGCACCAGUCGUUCUAGCACGGUCUUAAGGUCUCGCACUCACCAUGAUGAAGUUAGCUGUCACGAUGGUGGUGGUGGUGGUGGCCAUGGCGGCGGCGCACCCUUCAACUCAGGAGCGCUUCGUCGACAACCCCACGACCGCCAACCAGGUCCUCGACAACAUCAUGGAGAGGACCCUGGAGAAGAUCGUUGCUCUCGGGUGGGAUGAGUCCAAGAAGUCGCAGAACGGCAAGGUCGAUAUCCCCAUGCACGAGGAAUCAGGCACCACCGAGACUCUUGAGGUGACCCAGGUUGUCAUCACGGGGCUCGGUUCCCUCACGAGGUCCAAGUCUGCUUCCUUCAACGCCGACAAGACCAGGCUCACCGGCACUAUCAUGGUGGAGAAUGCCAGGAUCGCCGGAGACUACACCGCCCAGUUCCCGGGGGUCGGCGAGGCUCCUGCGCAGUCCGUCCAAGGAAGGGUGAUCGAGACCGUGGAUAAGCUGUUCGCCGACAUCGUGGUCAACCUCGACGCGAACCUCACCCCGCAGAGCAUCAGGAGCUACGAGGUGAGGUCCGGCCACGACGACCUCACCGUGACGGGGCUUGGCGACAACAACCAGAUGGCACCCCUGCACGAGGCCGGGUUCAGGAAGGCCAUGCGUCAAACCCUCGAGAGCACCAUGGCCCAGAACGUCAAGGUCCAGGUUAACAAGGCCAUCCAGGACCUGAAGGCGGAGGCAGCGGCUUAAGAACUGAGUGAUUUGGAACCUUCCCCUGGACCGGAUAACGAUAUGGAGAAAUAAUCUUAUGUAAACACUAUGGCGCAUGGAGGGACUAUUAAAUUUUUAGCAUAAUUAAA